AUGCCAACAAAUUCCUUAAUUACGCGCGUACCUGCACUCACAUCACGCAACUUCAUCUGUCUGGAGCAGAGCGUACAUCAUAAUGGCCGCGAGGACAGGAUCUGGAGUUUCGAUUGCGGUCCCGUGGAAACGGGAUACUCGGCGUGCUCUCAGUCCGGCUACGUCAACCAAUACGACGAACCCAUCUCUUACUUGUGUCCCGGCAAUGGCGUCGUCGCUGGAGUCGCAAGCGUGCAUUCCAACACCGCCGAGGAUCGCCGAUUCGACUUCAAAUGCUGCUACUUGGAAGGAGUUUUCUGGACAGACUGCUACGUCACUUCUUUCCUGCAUGAUUUCGACCGACCCUUGGACUAUUCCGUCGACCCUGGCUAUUACAUCGUCGGUGGUUUCAGUAUUCAUUCCAAUCGCCAGGAGUGA